UCAGAGCCCCAAAACCAGGGGGGUAGGGACGUUACACAACUGACCCCUGACCCACAGGAAGUUCUGCGAGUUUGAGGAGGCACCCUGCCCCCCACAGGACGAGGGAAGGCAGUUUGCAGGAAGCUUCCCUCUCUGGCACACACACACACACAUGGCUCCUCUCCUCUUCCUCCUCCUCCUCCUCGUCCUCCUCCUGGCAGGUUCCCAUGGCGAAGUCACCACAGUGAAGGACCUGGUCGUCCUGGAGGGUCGCUCGGCGACGGUGCCCUGCCACUACGACCCGCAGUACGCCCGGCACGUCAAGUACUGGUGCCGCGGAGCCACGUGGACCUUCUGCUCCGGCCUGGCCCGCACCGACCAGGCCCCGCCCGCCGGCUCCACGCUGUCGAUCAGCGACGACCCCGCCCAGCAGGUGUUCACCGUGACGAUGGUGGACCUGCAGGAGGCGGACUCCGGCUGGUACUGGUGCGGCGUGGAGGUGGGCGGCAUGUGGAACGCGGACGACGCGGCGUCCGUGUACAUCACCGUCUCCCACGGUAUGUCGGUGGUGAACAGCAUGGUGGCUGGUGAAGAAGGAGGAAGUGUCAGUGUGGAAUGUCUCUAUGGCAGCAGACACAGCGGCAGCAGUAAGAAGUGGUGCCGCAGCGGGGACUGGGGGUCCUGCGUGGAGGUGUCGGCGAACGGCACGCUGGAGCAGGGCUCGGUGCGGCUCCGUGACGACGGGGCGGGGGCGUUGGCCGUGACCGUGCGCGGCCUGGCCCGCAGCGACGCCGGGUGGUACUGGUGCUCCACUGGGCAGCAGCAGGUCCAGGUCCACAUCGCUGUCACCCCGCGCUCCUCCACCCAGCGCAGUCCCACAACGAGUCUUCCUGUCGUGACAUCACUUCCUGUCGAUCAUAAGGAGACCUCCAUCUCUGUGGCCACCAGUCCUGUGCACAUAGCCAACCAGGGGCAGACCUUGCCCAGUCACAUCUUUGAGUCUCCGCUGAUGAUCUGUGGCGCUCUGCUGCUCCUGGUGGUCGUUGCCACGGUCCCCUCCAAGAUGUGGUGUCAGUACCAGCGGAUGCGCAGAAGAAGACAUGGGCGUGCCAGGGAGCUGACCCUCUCUCCGCUCCCAGGCAGUGAGAGUGACCAAAGCAAAGCCGGCGUCAUCUUCUACAGCCCCUCGUCCCCUCAGCAAGUGCACUUACUCUGACCUCAGUCACGGCAACCUGCCUUCCUCACGCCCCGACCCUGCUGAUGCACCGAGACCGCAUAUGAUAGGCCCGUGCACACAGCCGAAAGACACGCACACACACACACACGUGCACACGCACACACACACACACGUACAUACACAUACACACACACACGCACACGCACACACACACACGUACAUACACACACACGCACACACACACACACACACACACACACACGUACAUACACACACACGCACACACACGCACACACCUACAUACACAUGCACACGCAUACGCACACACACACACGUACAUACACAUACACACACACACACACACGCGCACACACACACGCGCACAUGCACACGCACACACACACACGUGCAUACACAUACACACACACAUACACACACGUACAUACACAUACACACACACACACACACACACACGCGCACACACACACACACGUACAUACACAUACACACACACACAUACACACACACACACACACACACACACACACGUACAUACACAUACACACACACACACACACACAUACACAGAGCAUAACAUUUAAAAAAAAUGUUUUGAGCAGUUCAACAGUAAACCCACUUCCUCGUACAUGCAACAGACAUGUUGCAACAUGCAUGUUUACUACAUAUGUUAUUAAUAUUGGAUCUCGGAGACCAUCGGCACAGUUUAAGGUCCAGAUAAAAUAUCACCUGUUCAGCGCUUAUAGAGGCAAAUCAAAUGCUAUUUUGUCCAUUUAACAAACUGCUGUGCUUAUAUUUGGAUGUCUAAUACAGUACUUUAAUUUUACUAUAUUGUGCUUUUUAUAUUAAUAUGUAAUUCACUGACCACUUUGUCUGUCUGAGGCCAAUGAGAUGUAAUGGCUUAUGUUUUAUUAAAAUUUGUUAACAAUUAGAA